AACACCGACACAUUUACAUUACCUCUAUUCUACAGUUUUCAACAUUGUGGACUAUUUACACUCACCGCAGUGGGAGAGUAAUUUCUACACUUCUUAAGUAUUAUUAUUGAUCUAAAAAGGCUGUCUGCUGUAUCAAGAAACAAGUAUUGUGAAACCAUGCUCAUCUUCCAAAGAUUCAUGUUUAUGUUGCUGUUGGCUAGUUUACAGUGGCCUAAAAGUGAAGCUGUCAAUGCAACAAGCACAGACCUCACAAGCAGUAUAAAGAGCACUGCCAGCACAUCUACUACUAGCUUAUCUAUUGUCACAUCACCAGCAGUCACUCAUCACAGCGAAACAAGUGCAGAAAAAAAUGAUGCUCAAAGCAACAGCAUAACUCCAAGGUCUCCUACACAGCAACCGGAUUUUUCAAAAGAAAAAAUCACUCAAUCUUUUACAAGUGACAACAGAAAGUCAUCUCCAUCAGAGAGGCCCACAACCACAAGCAACUUGUUGACAAUCUCUGAGAGCUAUGUUGAUACAACAUACACAAAACCAUCAGAAGCAGUACCAAACAGCUUCACCACAACCACUGAUGAUGUCAGUUUUACUAAGAUGAUCUCCCCCAAUGACGCUCCAACAAAUGGUGUAACGGUUUCUCCCAGUGAUGACACAUCAGCCACAUUAUUGGCCACUAGCAAUAAUGCCAAAACAGUCUUAAUGACAAAUGUACAAACCACAGGCCUGCACCCCAAAUUUACUGACAACUCUGCAGAAUCACGAGAACCCAAAAAAGAGGAUCACAGCAAUGGAGGAGUAAUAUUUGGUGCCAUUGUUGGAGCUGUGCUUGGAUCUGCAUUAAUUGGUUUGGUUGGUUACUUCAUGUGUGCGAAGAGAAAAUCUGAAGGAUUUGUACAUCAGAGACUUUAUGAUGACACAAGAAGUGAUCCAGUUCUGCGACUGGACAAUGAAUCUGAGUCUUAUGGUGCGCACGUUGCAGAUUUGUCAUACUACAAUCCUAUGAUGGCUAAUGAGACAAUGGUCCAAAACAGCAAUGCAAGACCAUAUGAUGCUAUUCCAAUGGAUGACAUGACAUCAUCACCACAUUCAUCAUAAAACUACAGAAAUUGCUGUAACUUUUAAAAACUCGACUUCAUGUAUUCUUUUUAAAGAUAGUUCAAUGAUGGUUGGUUGGGGAGGUUUUUUGGCUUACUGAUAUGCCAAGUUUUGGAUAGUGUAAGAGAAACAAAGCCUGCUAGCCAUGGUUUACAAAUUCAUAUAUCUAGUAUCAUAUUUAUGGUUCAACUAUACUUUGGAUUAUAUACACAUCCGCAUCACUGGACUACUCAGCAUUUGUUGACUCCUAGAUGACUCCUACUUGGAAAAGCAUUGAGUUGUAUCCUACCACAGGAGGAGUGAUUUCAUCCACUUUCCUUCUCUAUGCAGUCCACUCCCCCUAACUCAUGCAAUCCCAACCCCAUGUUUAUGCGAAUAACAGAAGAUUGUUACAGAAAAUGUAGAAUGAUGUCUGAGGUGAAGUGAAAUAAUAAGAAAUGUAUGUGGGUUUUGUUCUAUAUCAUCUAUACGCACAAGGUACCCUGUGAUGCUGUGUACUCAUGAAGUUAUGAGCACACAUAUAUGAACCUGCCCUUAAGUCAAAGCUUUUCUUCAUUUGUAUCAUAACUUUGGGUGGCUAUUAGCCAUGAAGGAAUAAUGUAUCUUUCUUGAUUUCAUUAUGCUUCUGAAUAUCAGAUGCUGGACAAAGAAGAAAGGACAGCUAUCUUUUUUUGCAAAUAUCAAAAGGCAUCUGACUAUUGGUUGUUUAAAAACAUAUGGCUGGAAUAGAUGGAUUGUGGUUUGCUCUAGCAAAGCAAUUGUUUUAAUUUUUUAAAGGCAAACAGGAAAAAAAUCACCUUCAUUCAAUAUAUCGAAUACUUUUGCCACAGUUCAUUAGUAAAAGUAUCCCCUUUACUCCAGUGUAUGCACUUUCAUUACAUAGAAAAGUAUAGUUGGCACAAAUUCAAGUAUAUUUAUGGUCCAUAGUUUUUCAUAUCAUUGAUUGUUAUUGCUUAAUAUAAAGAUGAUUUAGUCAAAGAAACAUACAAAAGCUUUAUAAAUGGGACUAGAAGAAGCAAAAGGAGAUGUUGGUAAACUAUAAUCCUCCUUACUGCACUAGUUAGCAUUAUCUGCAGAGCCAUUUAGAAUGUACAACAUGUCCAUGUGGAAAGAACAAUUAACUUCAUUUUUCUUUUGGGGUAAAAAACACUUUAAAGGGAUCCAGAAAAGUCUAAGAAGCCCUGGUAAGGAACCAUAUAAAGAUAGAGGAAGGUAUUGACCUCACUGGUCCCAUGUUGUUGGAAGGUAAAACUAAAUUUUAGUCUCAGACAUGUUCAGAGUUACAAGCAAGCUUACCUGACCAUCCUGGUUUAUGUCUACAUAUAUUACAUGGUGUAGUUGUGCAUAGUGUAAGAUACCCUGUAAUUGCUGAGCAUCCAGGCAUGUAUCAAAAGAAGUUAUCAAAAUUAUUCUGGAGUGUGUGCUAAGUAAAUUGCUGUCAGUCCUUGGCAGUUCAAUCCCAAAGCCCCUCACAAGCAAGCAUGCAGGUGUCUUGGAUAAAGUAACUUUAUUAAGGCUCCAUCAGUACAAGGCCUUCUUUACUCUAAGAUUGUCAUUGGCAGAAGUGAUCAUUCAAACAGAGACUAACUAGAUAUAGGGAGAUUUUCCUGCCCUGGGGUUUGUUGCAUUCUGGCGUGAACAUCCCAGAGCUUCGGGAGAAUUGAUAAGAGCAUUUUAAACACAGCACAGUGUUGUCAUUUUUGUCUGUGAGAAUAGCUACAUGUUUCGUUACACAUCUGGCCUCCAAGGCCAUUCACUGCUAAAAAUAAAAGUACAUAAUUAUAACUGGUA